CGGGGCGGGCACAGCCUGGCGGCGGCGGCGGCGGCGGCCUCGGCGGGGGAGCGGAGCGGAGCGGGUGGCUGUCGGGCCGGCAGGAUGCUGGAGAUCCAGCUGGACGAUGGCGGCGUGGGGGGGUACCCGGGCGACGAUUACUGCUCGGGGUCGGUGAUGUCGGAGCGGGUCUCGGGCCUCGCCAACAGCAUCUACCGCGAGUUCGAGCGACUGAUCCACUGCUACGACGAGGAGGUGGUGAAGGAGCUGAUGCCGCUGGUGGUGACGGUGCUGGAGAACCUGGACUCGGUGCUCACCGACAACCAGGAGCACGAGGUGGAGCUGGAGCUGCUGCGGGAGGACAACGAGCAGCUCCUCACGCAAUACGAGCGGGAGAAGGCGCUGCGCAAGCAGGCCGAGGAGAAGUUUAUAGAGUUUGAAGAUGCACUGGAGCAGGAGAAGAAGGAACUACAAAUCCAAGUGGAACACCUUGAAUUUCAGACUCGACAGCUGGAGCUGAAGACCAAAAACUAUGCAGAUCAGAUUUCACGACUGGAGGAACGUGAAUCAGAAAUGAAGAAAGAGUAUAAUGCGCUACAUCAACGUCACACAGAGAUGAUUCAGACCUAUGUGGAACACAUUGAGCGAUCCAAGAUGCAGCAAGUUGGGGGAAAUAAUCAAACUGAGGGCAGUCUACCUGGGAGAAGUCAUCGCCAGUCAUGGAGGAAAAGCAGGAAGGAACGUCCUAACUCUCUGAAUGUCUUCCCCCUCGCGGAUGGCAUGGUACGUGGGCAGAUAGGGGCCAAGAUCGUCCCAACACUGGACCACUGGCACCUGAGUGACCUCGGCCAGCUGCAGUCCAACUCCAGCUACAAGUGCCCCCAAGAUGAAAUGUCCGAAUCUGGGCAGUCCUCAGCAGCUGCCACACCGAGCACCACUGGAACCAAGUCCAACACUCCCACAUCAUCUGUGCCAUCUGCUGCUGUCACACCUUUGAACGAGAGCAUCCAGCCGAUCAGUGAAUACAAUGGUACGACCAAGAGCAAUAAGAGAGCACGAGAAAAGCGGAACAGCCGGAACAUGGAAGUCCAGGUCACACAGGAGAUGAGGAAUGUCAGCAUAGGAAUGGGCAGCAGUGAUGAGUGGUCUGAUGUUCAGGACAUCAUAGACUCUACUCCAGAGCUGGAUAUGUGUCAAGACCCCCGCCUGGAACGCACUGGUAACAGCCCAACACAGGGGAUUGUGAACAAAGCGUUUGGCAUCAACACAGACUCUCUGUAUCAUGAACUUUCCACAGCAGGGUCCGAGGUUAUUGGAGAUGUUGACGAAGGAGCAGAUCUGCUAGGGGAGUUCUCAGUACGGGAUGAUUUCUUUGGAAUGGGCAAAGAAGUGGGGAAUCUGCUGUUGGAGAACUCGCAGCUACUGGAGACCAAAAAUGCUUUGAACGUUGUGAAGAAUGAUUUGAUUGCCAAGGUGGACCAGUUGUCUGGAGAGCAAGAAGUGCUGAAGGGAGAGCUUGAAGCAACAAAGCAGGCCAAAGCCAAAAUGGAAACCAGAGUCAAGGAGCUGGAGGAGGAGCUGAAAAGAGUGAAAUCUGAAGCAAUUGUUGCCCGACGAGAACCCAAAGAGGAGGUGGAGGAUGUAAGCAGCUAUCUCUGUACAGAAUUGCAGUGCUCCUCCCCCCUGCAGGACAACAUUCCCAUAGCUCAGCGCCGCCGCUUCACCCGCGUGGAAAUGGCCCGGGUUCUGAUGGAGCGCAAUCAAUACAAAGAGAGGUUGAUGGAGCUCCAGGAGGCUGUCAGGUGGACAGAGAUGAUCAGAGCUUCCCGUGAGCACCCAUCCGUCCAGGAGAAGAAGAAAUCCACCAUUUGGCAGUUCUUUAGCCGUCUGUUCAGCUCUUCCUCAAGUCCCCCACCAGCAAAGAGGACCUACCCAUCUGUGAACAUCCACUACAAGUCUCCAACAACAGCAGGGUUCAGCCAGCGUCGCAGCCACACCAUGUGCCAGAUCUCCUCUGGCAGCCGCACCCUCGAGUUCUUCCCUGAAGAUGACUGUACAUCCUCAGCACGUCGGGAGCAGAAACGGGAGCAGUACCGCCAGGUCCGGGAGCAUGUGCGGAAUGACGAUGGGCGAUUGCAGGCCUGUGGUUGGAGCCUCCCUGCCAAAUACAAGCAGCUGAGUCCCAAUGGUGGUCAGGAAGACACUCGCAUGAAAAAUGUCCCCGUGCCUGUAUAUUGUCGCCCACUAGUAGAGAAGGACCCAACCAUGAAGCUGUGGUGUGCAGCUGGAGUCAAUCUCACAGGAUGGAGACCUUUGGAGCAGGAGCCUGGAAAUGGGCAGAAACUGGAUCCUGGACGUGAUCCCCUCACCUGUGAUAGGGAAGCAGAAGGCGAGAUCAACAAAAGUAACCAUACAUCUCCUGAAAAGAAAAAGGCAAAGGAGCUUCAUGAAAUGGAUGCCACGUCCAGUCGUGUCUGGAUUCUCACCAGUACCCUGUCAACAAGUAAAGUUGUAAUUAUUGAUGCCAAUCAGCCUGGCACAGUGGUGGACCAGUUCACCGUCUGCAACGCUCAUGUGCUCUGCAUCUCCAGCAUCCCUGCGGCCAGUGAGAGUGAUUAUCCUCCAGGCGAGAUCUUUCUGGAGGGAGAUGUAAAUCCCGAAGAGUCGUCUGGAACAGAUGGUGUCUUGGCAGGAAUCACUCUGGUGGGCUGUGCGACCCGCUGCAAUGUGCCACGAAGCAACUGUUCCUCGCGUGGUGACACACCUGUGCUGGACAAGGGACAGAGUGAGGUGGCUGCUGUCUGCAAUGGGAAGAUCAACCAGUCCCAGUCUACUGAGGAGGCAACAGAAGCAACAGAGGUACCAGAGAACGGUACAAGCGAGGCAGAGCCUGCUCAGGCCCGGACCGGGCCCCUCACGGAGCACGUGUUUACAGAUCCAGUCCCUGCACAGGCACCUCUUAGGCAAAACGGGGAGAAUGGGCAGCCGAAGACAGAGUCAAGCAUGACACUGCCAGAUCAGGAGUUGAAUGGGGAUGCUGCUGGGACUUGCACCAGUGCUGCCCCUACUAUGUGGCUGGGAGCACAGAAUGGCUGGCUUUAUGUGCACUCGGCUGUAUCCAACUGGAAGAAGUGUCUGCACUCGAUAAAGCUGAAGGACUCUGUACUGAGUCUAGUGCACGUGAAAGGGAGAGUCCUUGUUGCUCUAGCAGAUGGAACACUAGCCAUAUUCCACCGGGGAGAAGAUGGUCAGUGGGAUCUCAGUAAUUACCACCUAAUGGACCUUGGUCACACUCACCAUUCCAUCCGCUGCAUGGCUGUUGUGUAUGAUAGAGUCUGGUGUGGCUACAAGAACAAAAUCCAUGUUAUCCAGCCUAAGACAAUGCAGAUUGAGAAAUCCUUUGAUGCCCACCCUCGGCGGGAGAGUCAGGUGCGACAGCUGGCAUGGAUUGGAGAUGGCGUAUGGGUUUCUAUCCGCUUGGACUCCACUCUGAGGCUUUACCAUGCCCACAGCCAUCAACAUCUGCAAGAUGUCGACAUUGAGCCUUACGUCAGCAAAAUGCUAGGCACUGGAAAGCUGGGCUUCUCAUUCGUGCGGAUUACAGCCCUGCUCAUUGCUGGCAACCGCCUCUGGGUGGGGACAGGGAACGGUGUCGUCAUCUCCAUUCCAUUGACUGAGACUGUAGUCCUCCACCGAGGCCAACUCCUUGGGCUCCGGGCCAACAAGACCUCACCAACCUCUGGAGAGGGCAGCCGCUCUGGCGGGGUCAUCCAUGUGUAUGGUGAUGACAACAGUGACAAAUCUGCCAGCAGUUUCAUUCCCUACUGCUCCAUGGCUCAGGCACAGCUCUGUUUCCAUGGCCACCGUGAUGCUGUCAAGUUCUUCGUCUCUGUGCCUGGCAAUGUCCUAGCAACCCUGAAUGGGAGUGUGUUGGACAGCCCUUCGGAGAACCCCAGCACAGCGGCCACAGAGACAGAGGGGCAGAAGCUGAAGAACGUCCUGGUGCUGAGUGGAGGAGAAGGGUACAUCGAUUUCCGGAUUGGGGAUGGAGAAGAUGAUGAGACAGAGGAGAAUGCAGGAGACGCCACCCAGGUCAAGCCAGUACUUUCCAAGGCUGAAAGGAGCCACAUUAUUGUGUGGCAGGUAUCAUAUAUCCCUGAGUGAGAAUUUCUCCUUUCCCACGAAUAUAAGCGUCCCUCCUCCCACCCGAAUGCCAAGAUGUACAUACAGAACGCCUGCAUUAUACCUACUGCUGGAAACUGACCCCAGACAACUGCAACAGCUCCUGCCUUGGACUGUGACCCCCUUCUAACCUCUGAACUUGCAGCUUUCAUCUUGGGCCCGUGCGCUUUCUGCGUGGUUGGAUUGUUGUUCUGCUCUGGAGCUGGCAUCUACAAGGAGAGAAAUGGCAGUGUAUUGAUGAAGUGAAGCUUGGAGCUAGAACUGUGCAAAGCCUUUGCCCAGCACUUGGGAGCUGGCAGCUGGAUGGGUGGUGGCUCAGGCUCUCCGGCAGGUUGCCUCACUCCCACCUGCAUGAGAAGAAGUAUGUCCCCCUGGCAUCCCCCGCCAAAGCAGUGAUGGUGAAUCACAACUUCUGCAGCACUCUAGCAGAAAUCCUUUCUAGUUUACCAGUGGAUUCUCCACCUUAUCCACCCUUAAGCACAGAAUAAUGUCCCGCUGACUGAGAGCAGCCAGGUCCAAGGAACCCUCAAUAGAAAGGAGUGUCAGGAUUUGGGCAGCACUUCUGCUGUUUGGCUGGAGAAGGAAGCAGUGCCAUUACUGUGGGGAAGACCUUCUCCAUACUUGCAGAUGGAAAGUCCCCCUCCUCUGCUGCUGCUGUUGUCUCAGCAGUUGUGUGCUGGGUGACUGUGGCUGGCUGGAGAGGAUUGUUUGGUAGCCUCAGAUGGGAGACGCGUGUUUGAUCAUGGAGGCCACAAGGCCUUUGGAAACUGUGGUUUCCAAAGGGUACUGGAACCUUGCUUUUUUUUAAGAGCAGAAAAGGCAGUAAUCCUUCUAACUCCCCCUUCCAAAAAUGCCAGGCAGAAGAGAACUCUUCAGUUCAUUCUGAAAGGUUCAGGAGAAAGCUAUCUCUGCAUAGCAUUUGUUGGCUUUUAAAACACAGGUGAGGACAGAUGAUGUUGGUCUGCUGUGAAUUCUGCAUUAACACACUGAGAUUACCUUGACUCACAGGGCUGUGUCCCCAUCCCAGGAACUGCUGGAGGAGAUGUCUGUUCUCCUUCAUCCUGUGGCUGUGGUCAGGAAAGACUGCAUAGGUGCAGUCAAGGUAUAGAAAGGCUGUGUCUCACCUGAGGUCACACAGAAAAAGGAAUUGAGGUCAGAUCUCCUGACCUCUUUUACCUAACAUUGGGAGCACUGGUUACUAAGUAGUUUGAAAAGCUGGGAAUUUCUGACUCCUGAAAAGAAUUGACAACUUCUGAGAAAAAUUCUCAUGGCCCUUCUUGUAUAAGUGUGUCCUGCUUACAAGAGAAGCAGCAAAAAAUGGGGCCAGGGAGAGCGGUUUUGAGCUCCAGAUGCAGAAUAUGGCAGCUCCAGAUGCAGAGGCAAUGGUUUGUCCUCCGUUUCUGACAGUGGAAACAGUCUUGUCUCCACAAGGACAAGUUCUGUUUCCUUUGAACACUCCCACCUGGAUGUGCAGGACUAGAGCAAGUAGCAGUUGUUAGCGAUGAAUUUGGUAGCUCCUGGUGGUCAUGUUGUUUCCUCUCUGAGCUGUGCAGCACUGCAGGGCUCACAGGGAUGUCUUUGUGCCAGUGUGGUGGAAUGGGACAGCUGGGGGAAGCCUGCAUCUUCUGGGAACUUCCCAGCUGUGUCCUAUGCUUGUUGCCAAGGUCCAGGCUGCCCCCAAGGCUUGUGGUCUAAAGCUACUCAUGUGCUGCAGGGGUGCAACAUUCUGAUGUGGGGAAGCAGCUCUAACAUGUGGCAUCUGUCCUGGUGCAGCAGCACUGAAAUGACUUUUGGAUCCAUAGUUCAGAAAAGGCCGGGGCAAGAGGACAUCUCUGGAGAACAGAGGCCUCAGCUACCAAAGUACAGAGCCACUUUGGUGCCCGUACUGCCUAUGAGUGGCUCUGGUGACACACGUACCCACAACACCCUUCACUGAGGUAGGAAAACAGCUGGAUGGUGUCCUCCAGACAUUGGCACACCGGGCUCUGUGGCUGGCAUUGGGCUAAGGGAUGCUUGGAGCCACCACUUGCAUGCUGGGGCACCUUUCACCAGGGACAUUUCAUCGGGGCACUGCUGACCGUGCCAGACUUCUCGUUCACUUUCCCAAAAUGCUUUCUGCUAGGAAGAGCUCUUUGGAUCACAACACAGAGUGCAUUAAAGUUAACAAGAUCAACAUUUAGACCUCAGAUUCCACAGACAUGUAACAGUUCAUCAGUUAGGGCCAGGUAAGCUUCAUAAUUUGGGGUAAUUAUAGGGAAAAAAAAAAGCCCUAGUAGGCCCAGUUCCUUCGUUCUAUCAACUCUUCCAUAGGAAAAUACAGAACUGCAAUGUUCUUACCUCUCACUGUUUGUUCUCUGUCUGGUUUUAGCAGUUGAAGUGACAGUACUCAGUAUCCUGUCACCCACUGGGCCCUGGCAACAUAAGGAAACCAGUCUCGGGCCUCUACCAACAGGUUCCUUUCCAGCUCAGUGCAUGUUUUCCUCCAAGAGAAGCACUCGUCUAAGAGGGGCAGCUACAGCCAAGUAGAACCAGCCUCUGCUGUCAGCUCCUGUGGACGUUUGGUGGCUGCUGGGCAGCAAGGUGAGAACUGACUGGCUUCAACACACUUCCCUGUCAUAUCUCCACUGUGAUGUAUGUAAAGUAUCUUGUAUGUUACAAAAGGAUUUUAAAAAGUGUCUUAAGGCCUGUAAACUCCGCUAUUUGUUCUGAAGAUGGCAUUCUGUAAAGAGACUGCUGUAUGAAUACGUUCCCUUGCUUUGUUCCCUAUGCUAUCAAACAACAAACCAUAUCUGUUCUGUAUGUAAUAAAUGUGUUAACAUCAGCAA